UUUACGACUCCUUAUUUCAUCUUUUUUCGCGACAUGCUGAGCUAUCUUACCCUCGUUGGUCUUCACUUCGCCAUUUGCCUAAGCCCUUCAACAGUUUCCUUCAGUCGACUAGAAUGGGCUAUCUUAGUUUUCUUCCUGGGACGCAUUUUCAUGGAGGUGGAUCAGUUUAUUAGCGCUAAAAAGGCCGGAGUAAAAGCACGCAAAAUGUUGAAUAAAGAGAGUGAUGAACCCAACAACGAAGGAUCAGAAGAAAAUGAGACGAGCAAUGACAAUAUCUGGCCAGAGAAGUUUACCAGAUACUUUAGUGACCGUUGGAAUGUGCUUGACUGCAUCAUUGAUCUCUUCUACCUGAUUAGCUUUAUCUUACGCAUACUCACAAGUAGAAACUCCACUGACGUAGCAGACAACAGACUCUUGGCUGUGUCCGAGUAUUUCUAUGGGUUUAUCGCCAUGUUUCUCACAAUAAGAGCCUUUGGUCAAGUCAUGGAGUGCAUGCAGGGAUUAGGCGCAAUACAAAUCGCCUUAUUCUUUUUUAUCUGGGAUGUCAUUGUGAUAUUUUGGCAGUUUUUGGCCACGGUUCUGGCGUUUUGGAUGGCCAUGACUAAGGUUUUUGUUGCUGAGAAAACCUAUACCUCAGGAAAAGAUUCUGCGGAAGAUUUGGCCUGUAGUGACUCAGGGAUUAUUUGUUGGUGGAACAUGGCAACACACCUGUGCUGGUCUUUACUGAGUUUAGCUGACCUGGAUAAGUUGAAUUCCGUCGACAAUCCAUCCAUAUCCCUGAUUUAUCUGUUGUACAGCUUCUUCUUAAUCACGGGAGUUAUUCUUCUCGUUAACAUGAUGAUUGCUUUGCUCACCAAUACUUAUCAGCGAGUUCAGGAUAAUUCACUCCAGGAGUGGUCUUUCAGAAGAGCAACUACUGUUAGGACUUACAGCACCUAUCAUCCGAUACCAGUGCCUUUCAACCUUUUAACUGUCCCACUGAUGUUACUCUGGAGAACACAGUUUGACACUCCUGCUUUGGAUGAGGAAGUUCGGAGUAGAGCCCUAGAUAAAUUGGUGGUGAAACUACAAAGGAUCUACUUCGAGAAGUAUGGUUAUAAAUUUCCCCUCACAGAGGAGAAAAAGAUAGAUCAUUUAGUGCAAGAAAAUGAAGGGAGUCGGAAAAUGAUUAAUCAGAUAGCACAGCAAGUAUUCCGACCGCGUGGAAACAAGAAGGAGCAACUUGCGUUUGGCGAAAGAGCGUGGUAUGAUUCGCCGGGAAUUGCUGUCGAUGGCUGCCUUCUAACUUACAUGGGACCUGAUUUCUGCGUAAUAUGUAGAGAAGGAAGGCCUAAACACAUUCACAGUGCCAAAUUCAAGUCUCCCUUUACGCCAAAAACACCACGAUUCGAGGUACUUAUUCAGGAGACUGGCGAGAAACGUAUUAUAGGAUUGGGUGUUGUGGGUGAGUCUUACGACUGUCACUCCAUGCCUGGCUGGUAUGAUGGAACAGUCGGUUACCACGCGGACGAUGGGAAAAUAUUUGAAACUGGCUUCAGUGAGCUGGGAAGAGAAGUCGAAGGGGCCAUGGCUUACCGCGGUGAUCUCCUCGCCUGUGAAGUUGAUUUUAAUGGAGUCUUCGAAGACAAAAAAAUUUCGGUGUCGUUCUUCUUAAACGGUAGAGAAGUAAAUAGUUCUUCAAUGAAGUAUACCUCUGGAAAACAACUAUUUCCCCUCGUGGCAUUGGGAUUUAAAGGCAUUACUGUGCUCACAAAGAUGUGCCAUCGUGACAGAGACUGUUUCAGUAGAGUAACAAAUGAAGACCUUCAGGAACAGCUUGACGAGCAAAGGAGGAUCAUGUCAGAACUGAGAAAUUUAGCACUGCGUUUGGAGAAAAAAGAAGAACCGUUUGACCGUAAAUUGAAUUAAGUCCUUGUUUCGUUUUGCAAAUAGGCGUUGCUUUUUGGUGACAGAUACAUUUGAUUACAAGACUCGUGAUUGACAUUAAUUCAAUACAGUGAUUUAAUAAUGUUAGUUUAUCAUAUUUUACACCAGUUUUCAGAAGAAUCAGGAAGAGAGAACUUUUUUUUAUAGUCUGUUCGCUUAUUUGAAUCUGCUAACUUUAAGAGAGAAACCUGUUUUUACGACCCGCCACAGAAGUAUUUCUAAUUACGUUUUUUGAUACGAGAUUAAGACUUUAUUUACGUUUUUCUGAUUUCGAAUUACAAAUGUAUUUCUCUUAAAUCGAUUAAUUAUUAAAGCUUGGAUUAAUAUUAUACGGUUUUGUGCUGGUGGUCUCAGCUGACCAGUUCCGAGUAAGGAAACAGUCAUCAAGUGAAAAGGUAAAUGCACGGUGCUUUGAUGGAACAGGGGGGUGAUCACUUAGAGCCAUGAGCAUUGAAUAGAGGGAGCAAAAUAAAGAAGAUUUUUGAAAUAAUCUCAGUAAUUUUACAAGUAAAUAUUUGUAGCUAUAUAUCUAUAGCUCUGAUGAACGGCUAACGCUCGAAGCGCGAGCUUAUAAAGUAAAUAAAUAAAAAUGUAGUUUACUUACCUAUAAACAAUAUAGAAGGUAUUGAAACCACGCAUUGUGAUUUAUAAGUUACUUAUCUUUAUAUAACUCUCCGACUUUAAAUAUCUGGUCAAUAACUCUCCUCUUCAGUUACUAUACAGGUCUUGCAAAUUAUUUGGGAGAAUGAAGUGUUCAAUCAAGAUUUCACUUUUAUUAUGAGCUAAUCUACUGAUUUGUUGUAAAACGCUUUGAAAUUGUGAAAAGAAAAGUUUUAAUGUUAAUAUAGUUAUAUUAAAUGUUUUUCUUCGUUUAGGUGUCAGUAUUUUAGAUGAAACAGAUCGCAUUCAUAUCAGUUUUCGUGAAUUACGAAUACUCUGCCUCCUAACCAUAAAUUGUCUUAAGUUUGAUUAAGAAUUCACACUUCUUUCUCAGUGUGUGCGAUUAUUCAAACGAUGCGUGAGUGUAAAGUCAAUAUUUUUGAUAAGCGAUAGUUUACAGUUGGUUUUAUACAAGUUUUGUGCUACAGUCAAAUUCCUUUAAAGUGUGCUCACUCGGGAAAUUUUUGAAUAAAAGAAAGGCCAAGAGAGAGGUAUUUGUCUCGAUUGUUGAACAAGCCCAUGUCGUAUCCUUUACGCAUAUUUCUAGUAGUAAUAGGAAAUACAGCCAAUCAGAUAAGAGGAUGACACAAUGCUCAAAUCUGAUUGGCUGUCUUCCAUAGUGCCCCCUAUCACUGCUUUCUUUUUUUAUAUUUCCCGGAAACUGAAAGUUGGGGGGCCAUCUUUAU